CACCUAAACUAAUGUGCCUCUUCUCCUUUGUCCCUUACCAUUACAUACACUUAUUACUCACUUCUUCAGCAACUACAACAACUAUGACUCGUUCUUCUUCUAUUAUUACCAUCUUCUACUCAUUUCUUGUUCUCUCUUGUUUCUUUCUUGUUUCAUUUGCAAACUUCAAUUCAUAGAAAACAUCAUCAUCAUGGUUACUACUCCUACAAGAGACCCUUCUUCUAAUGUUAUGUCUCUUCCACUUCCAUCUCCUAAAGCUCCACCAGAGUACCCUGAUUUGUAUGGAAAGCGCCGUGAAAUGGCCAAAGUUCAAAUGCUUGAAAGAGAGAUAAGUUUUCUUGAGGAAGAGUUAAAAUCUUCUGAAGGUUUUCAACCAGCUUCAAAAUGCUGCAAAGAGAUUGCUGAUUUUGUGAUGGCAAACUCAGAUCCUCUGUUACCAACGACCAAAAAGAACCGUAAGACAUGUCGCUUAUGGAAGUGGCUGUGUCGGAUGCGGUGUUUGAACUUAUCUUGGAUCUGCUGUAGGUGUUGUGAUUGCUUCUCCGGUUGUUGUAAUUGCAAACAAAAUUGCAAAUGUAGUAGUUGUCUUUCAUCUACUAAAUGCUCCUUAUCAAAUUGGUGUUGUUGCUUUGAUAAAAAAUCACAUUGUUGUAAAGAGUUUUGUGGUUGCAACAACUGUUGUUGUAUUCUAUCAGGUUGCAAUUUUCGUUGGCCUUUUCCCUCUUGCUGUGAUUGCAAAUGCUCUUGCUCUUGCACUUGUCCUAGUUUUCCAAAAGUUCGUCCUUGUGGCUCUUGUACAAAAUGUUAAGGAUUUUAAUUUCUUCUA